AUGUCUUCGGCAUAUCGUAGCCUCCGGGGCUGCUUAUCGAUGAUGUGCCUCGGUCUCCUCUUCCUCCUCCCUGCGCAAGCCUACGAGAAGCUCUCUGACGAUACCUUGAGAGCUUUACCCCGACCUGGUCGAGACUUUGAUAUCCACAAUGGCGCCCUUUUAUCCCCGAUCCUCCAGACCCGCGUCCCCGGCACCGCUGGCCACACCGCAGUCUUGCAACACUUUGUCGACUUCUUCCAAACAACCCUGCCGAAAUGGGAGAUCGAGUUUCAGAACUCCACCGCCAAAACACCGAUUUCAAAGGGGAAGGAUGUACCCUUUAUCAAUUUCAUUGCCACGCGCGAUCCUCCCGGAGCUCGAGUAGGGGAUGUCGAGCGGUUGACCCUUGUUGCGCAUUACGAUAGCAAGCUAGAACCAAAGGGAUUUAUUGGAGCCAUCGACAGUGCUGCACCAUGCGCGAUGAUAAUGCAUGCUAUGCGCAGUAUCGAUGAUGCCCUUGAUAGGAAAUGGGCGGCGAUGAAGGCGCAGGGGAUUGACCCGUCGCUCGAGGAGCAGCGCGGCAUCCAAGUCUUCUUCCUAGAUGGCGAGGAGGCAUUCAAGGAUUGGAGUACCUCCGAUUCCCUGUAUGGAGCACGCGCUAUGGCUGAGUCCUGGGAUCAUCAAAUGUACCCGGCGACGUCCACCUUCAAGACCCCGCUCUCGGCCAUUUCCUUGUUUGUUCUUCUGGACCUGCUGGGUUCGAAGAGUCCCUAUAUACAGUCUUACUACCCGACUACCCAUUGGGCCUACCAAGGCUUGGGAACCUUGGAGCAGCGCCUUAGGUCCAUGAAGUUACUAAAGGCCGGCUCUGGGGAACCCUGGUUCAUCGAUUCAUCCAAAGAUUCCCACCAAAUCAAGCCUUAUGGUGGCAUCCAGGAUGACCAUAUACCUUUUCUGGCACGAGGCGUUGAGAUCCUCCACCUUAUCGACUUCAUCCCCUUCAAAGGAUUCCCUCCCGUCUGGCAUACAAGCAAGGAUGAUGGGGAGCAUCUCGACAUGGACACCACAGAAGACUGGAGUGUACUUGUCACAGCCUUUGCCGCCGAGUGGAUGGAGUUGGAGGGAUAUUUUGACCUUCUAGAACACAAAUUACGGGACGAGGGGAUUGAGGCGGAGGUUGUCCGUUUGAAUAAGAAAACCGAGCUGUAA